AUGCCUUCAAUUCCAGGGACUUCAGGGACUUCAGGGUCCUGGCCCUUCGCUUCACGAUCGCUCCCGACCUUAUUAUACCUCGCGCUCGCUUUCUCCUCCUCGACCCUCGCUCAAGAUGUAUCCCUCCUCCCUACCGCCGCUUCCGCCUCGUUUCCCGCCUGCGGAUUGACCUGUACGAACCUCAUCCAAGCCGACGCCGGCUGUACGCCCCCAACCGUGGCAGUCACCAACCAACAGACCUACGUGUCGUGUUUCUGCCAGUCAGCUUUGCUCGCGAAUUUGCAGACAUCCCCGUGGGGCACUUGUGAUACCUGCACGACCCAAUCCGAUAGCGAGCUCUUACAGUCAUGGUACUCCAACUUUUGUGCCAACGGGGGAAACACGGAGGACACGGACUCGACUUCCGAGACGGAGGAUGAGACCGACACGGCCACCGGGAAUACCAACAGCAACAGCAACAACAAUAAUAGUAACAACAACAACAGCAAUAGUGACAGCAGCAAUAACAACUCCAACAAUGCCGACAACACAAAUACGAGCGCCGCUGCAGACACAACGGCCACGUCCAGCCCGGCCACGGGGAGCCGCAACAAUCCGCAACCACAAUCCUGGUGGGACGGCCAUUACCAAUGGGUAAUCAUGGUUAUCGUGCUCGUCAUCGGUUUCUCCCUCAUCGCCGCCGUCGGAAUCUGGCUCAAGAAGCGUCACGACGCAAAACACCCAAAUCUCUAUCACGGUCACGAAUCAGCGAGCGGGAGCAGAGUAUUUUCGACCCGGAACUUUGACUCUCCCGUUCCCAGCUCCGGCGCCCUCGCGCCUGGCGUCGCUGCGCGUCCUCACGAAUCCAUGAACACAGUCUCUAUCGCCAGCAGCUCACGGACAAAUGUCAUUCCUACCCGGCCCGGUCAUACGCCGUCACGACUACAGAAGGCGCCACAAGGUGUAGACGAUAUUGAGAUCCGGGAGGCACCGCGAUGA